AUGUCUGCUUCAGAAAGUAAUGCCGAUAAAAAUACCAAUCGCGAGGUUUUCUUGAAGGAAUAUAUUUUGAAAGCUUGUGCUGAGGGAAAUGCUGAACGCGUGGAAGAUUUCCUGGUUUGGAGGGAAAUCGACAUUACCACAAUGGUACAACCUUUGGAAAAUUCACCGUUGUUCGUUGCCGUUUCUAAUUACACCAAUGAAGAAACUGGACAUAAGAAAGUUGUGCAAUUGCUUCUUGAAAACGGAGUCAAUGCUUACAAUUCGAAUUCUGUUGAAGCGAGUGUUGCUGAAGAAAUUCUCACGAAAAAACAGGACUUGAUCGAUCUCCUCCUUAACAACAUACCUGAUAUAAACCAGACGAUCAACAGACUUGGACUCACCCUUCUGCACAUAGCUGUGAGGCAUUGUUCGGAGGAUGUGGUCGAAAAGCUUCUGAUCAGAAACGCUGAUGUCAAUCUCGUUACCAACUAUGAACUGCCAGUACUCCAUGAAGCUGUCAAAAAAUCGAGAUCCGAUCUCAUAAAAAUCCUCGUGAACUAUGGAGCUAAUGUCGAUGAACUAAAUCUCAACGGAUAUGCAGCACUUCACUAUGCGAAGAGCGCUGAGAUGGUGAAGAUGCUGGUGGACCAUGGUGCUUACAUCGACAACUUGUCCAGAGAUGGAUGUACACCACUGAAUGUAGCGGCAAACAAAGGAGCACAUCCUGAUGUUAUCGAAGCCUUUUUGCAACUAGGAGCAGAUUACAGAAUUCCUGAUGAGGAAUUCUCAACACCCUUCGGUAAAAUUCAGAUGGCCAUCCAUAUGAGAAAAGGAGAAAACAAACAAAACUUGGACAUUGCUGAAGUUUUCAUACGCCACGUCAAAGUGAACUUUACCGAUUCGAACGAUUUCGAGACGAAUUAUAUUAGAGGUUUUGGCAUCGAGUUGGACAAUAUCAAAAGCCAGUUGAUGGGAGAUUCGGCUAUAAGCUUCUACAGGUUUCUCGUGUCGAAACCCAGAGAAUCGGCGAAGUUUGCGAGAAAUACAGAUAUCGUAUAUGCUAUCCACAGAUAUCACUCGGAAUACUUUGGCGUGGGGAUGAUAAAGAUACUUUAUGCUGGUCUGUGCAUCAAAAGGUACGAGGAUGUGACUCGUAAACUGCUGUGCGAGGUGUUCCAGAAUAAGUUGCCGGUAGUGGUUAUGAAACACAUCAUCAGUUAUCUUAGGAUAACUGAUUUGAUGAAGAUUGAUAAAUACUACCGGCCCGAAGACAGAACAAUCAGGAAUUUCUUCUACAACAUAGACGGGUGAUAUGUGAAGGAUUUCUGCCGAUUUUGUUUAUAUUGUAAAUAUUUCGAGUUGUCUGAUUUGUAUUUGUCGAAAAUGAUAUAGGAUGAAAUUUUCAAGUUAGCCAAAGAUCUAUGUAAAUAUGUACGUUGUAAAUAUUUUUUAAUUAUUUUAUUUAUUUUAUUUUGUGUAAAUUUUUAGUUCAUCGAACCUUGUGAAUAUCUAUUCAUUUCAAAUAUGUAUAGUAUAAAUAAAAUAUAU